AUGGGCGCCUUCAUCAACCAGUAUCUGCCGCCAGCCAUCCAGCUACUCAGCAACUUUCCUGUCGAGAGCUACUACCUGCGGCGGAGGGUCGCGGGGAAACUCAAUUUUAGGGACGCUGUCUAUCGCUUCCUCGCUGACCCCAUCUCGAGCCUGCCAGCGUACAUAUAUUCCUGGACGCUUCUCGCGCUCUCUUUUACGUCGGUCGUGACGUUUUGCAUGGCGUCGGCGCGCUACUCCGCCAUUCUAAAGGACGCCCUCAUCGAGUAUGGCAGUGAUAGUGCUGCGUUCGCGGCCUAUAUUGAAGGCAGAUCGGUACAAGGCAGUUGGUUCGCGUGGGAGUGCUUCCUGGGUGGCGCGUUCACCGUCGAGUUCAUCGUCCGCAUGGCGGCCUACACCGCAAAGGGCUGGCGCGGGAUGAUGUUCGACCCGAUGCUGUGGGUCGACGCGCUCGCCCUCAUCCCGCUGCUGCUCCGCAUCGGGUACCUGCACAAAUACAAGUACUAUGACAAAGGCGGCGGGACUCUGAUUAGCCUGAACGCGGCAUUCUCGUCGCUGCGGCUGCUUAGGACGACGCGCUUCAUGGUGGGGACCAAGAUCCUCAUGCAGACUCUCCGCUCGUCCCUCACCGCGCUCAUCAUUCCUUCGUACCUCCUCUUCAUGCUCGUGACCUUUUUCGGGACCAUCCUGUUCGCCUUCGAGUACGACCCGUACGACUACGAGAACGGCUCGCGCGUGCAAGACGUCGGGUCGUCAUGGUGGAUGGUGCUGGUCACGAUGACCACCGUCGGGUACGGCGACUACAGCCCGCAGAGCACCGCCGGCAAGCUCGUGAUGGGCUUUAUCAUGAUCGUCGGCGUGACAAUCAUAGCGAUGCCAAUCGCGAUUGUGGGUAACAACUUCUCGCGCGCGUGGGAGAUGCGCACGCUGACGCUAAUCUCGCAGAAGACUAAGGCUAGCCUGCUCAACAAUGGCGGGUCGCCUGUUGACGUGGUCAAGGCCUUUGCGAAGUUUGACGAGAACGGCAGCGGGGCGUGCUCGUACGAGGAGUUCAAGCACGCCGUCACGCAGAAGCUGGGCCUCCGCCUGUCUGGCCACAGGCUGCGCUCCAUGUGGCGGACGCUAGACACGGACGAGAGCGGACAUAUCAAGUUCCGCGAGUUUGCCGCAGCGAUGUUUCCCGAGGUUGAGGAGAAUACCCUCAGCACAUACCCGAGCGUGUGCAAAGACCAGUCGCUAGGGCCUAAGUCCACCGGCGAGGCCAGGUCUACGCAACCGGGCUCUUCUGCGCAGGCAACCACAGACACAGAACAGCGGCUACAGAUGCUCGAGGUUGCAACGAAUGCGCUAACCUCCCAGCAGCAGGCGCUCCAGCGCUCGAUAGACGAGCUCAUCGGCCUCCUCGUCGACAAAAGGGUGAACUAG